AUGGAUCAUCAAUUAUAUCUAAUCCAAUCUCAAUUUAAAGAAGAUUUAACCAUAAAUGUAAUUAGUAAUGAUAUUGCAGACUUAUUAAAAGAAGUAAAUGAUCCAGAAAUAAGGCAGAAGAUACUAGAAAAUUUAGCUAUCAAAGAGUUACAUACACUAAGUUCUCAAGAGCUUAGCAAGUUAAUUAGGGAUGCAGACAAUGAUACUAUUCAAUGGACUACCAGCACUGGAUCUUCAAAUCAGAUCGAUGUGGAAGCCCUAGCAAGAAAUUUUGUGAUUCACCUAAUUGCAAAACUUUUGUCUUCUAAGAGAGAUGAAGAACUCUUCAGAUACUUGUUAGGUGGUAUUCGACUAUUACAUUCCCUGUGUGAUCUUGCACCCCGCAACAACAAACUUGAACAGAUUUUGCUUGAUGAUCUGAAAAUAUCUGAACAGAUGCUUGAUUUGAUCUUUUACCUAAUCACUGUUCUUGCUAGCUUUAAAAAGGAAAGUCAACUUGCUCUGGUGCAUUCAGCACUGUUGGCCUGCAGUCUGUAUCUGUUAACAGCCUUUAUUUCUUCACAAUGGAAUGAACUUGCACUAGUCCUUCUUGCACACCCUAAGGUUGAUAUAUUUUUGCCUGUAGCUUUUGCUGCUGUCCACAUAGACAUUCAGUUUCUUCAAGUGAGGUUGUCUCAGUUUACUGAUACUGGCAUGCGGUCAAAUCUUGCUGAAGUCAACCGUCUGUGUCAGCAUUGUGAAGCUUCACUUCAAUUUCUUCAGUCACUUUGCCAACAAAGAUUCUUUCGUGAGCGCCUCGUUAAAAAUAAGGAACUAUGCGGAGAAGGUGGCAUACUUUUAUUGGCUCAUGACAUCAUGAAAUUACCAUUCUGUGAAGAAUCGUAUCUUAUGGCUGUUGUUUCCAGGCUAAAGUCAAAAGUCUUGUCUAUUCUACUGCAUCUUUGUGAAGUAGAAAGCGUCUCUUUCUUGGAUGUGGCUGCCAGCACUACUGCGGGUUUGACUUUAGCAAAGUCAACUAUAUUCCAGGUUCUUGAAUUGUUGAAGACAAUGUUUCGUGGAGAUCUGAAUGGGCUUGCUGCUUUCUCUGACAAAACCUAUCCACGUGGACUUCUGCAACUUAAUGCAAUGCGAUUAACAUACAUUCUCUCUGAUGAUUCUAACUUUAGAUCUUACAUCACCAUGAACUUUACUGAAGUUCUGACAACAAUAUUUUUGCUACCACAUGCGGAGUUCCUGUCUAGUUGGUGCUCCUCUGAGUCUCGGCUUUCAGAAGAAGAUGCAACUCUGGAUUAUGAUUCGUUGGCAGCAGCCGGAUGGGUUUUGGGUGUGCUGACAUCAUCAGAUGUUCCGGAAUCUACUUUUAAUGCGUGUCGUGUUUCUCGGACUUCUUAUGCGUUUCAGAGAACAUCUUUACUUGUUAAAGUUGUAGCAAAUCUCACUUUUUUUAUUCCGGAUUUAUAUAAAGAGGAGAAGGAUCUCUUCCUUAAUACAUUCCUGCAGUGCUUGCAGAAGGAAAUUCCUAAUUUACCAUAUGGAGUUUCUAAUGAUGCUGGAGCUGAAAAGGCUGCUGUCAUUAGCCAAAACCUGCGUUCCCUAUUGGUUCAUGCAGAAUCAUUAAUUCUUGGAUUCCUUAAUCAGGAUGAUGUACAGCUGUUUAGGGUAUUCAUUUCUCAGCUGGAUCCACUAAUUACUCCAGAAUCCAAUAUCGACAAAACCGAAGAGGGUAACGUUGGGAAUCAAGGAUCUCCAAAUCCACAUGGAAACGAGAACAAGGGCGUUUCUGACAAUUCAGUUGUGGAAGAACUGAACCAGUUAAAUAUAGAUCCAUCUAAUGCUUUAGUUAGGCAAGAACACCGGAUUGAUUUGCCUCAAAGUUUUAAUGCUAGGGUUUUUCAUGAAAGCGAAGGAGAUGGUCAAAACAUUGAAACAAAUGGAUUGGAUUCAAAUGGCAUGGCAAGUGAGGAAAAACAGCUGAGAAAAAGGAAACGCAACAUAAUGAAUCACAUGCAAGUAACCAUGAUUGAACAAGCUUUACAGAAUGAGCCUGACAUGCAGAGGAAAGCUGCCUCAAUUCAAAUAUGGGCUGAUAAACUUAGUCUUCAUGGUUCUGAAAUUUCUGCCUCGCAGCUCAAGAAUUGGUUGAAUAACCGUAAGGCGAAACUAGCACGUGCGGCUGCUAAGGAUGCGCGUGUGGCUUCAGGCGGGGAGAAGCAAGGUGGGGGGUCAGGAACGGACCCGGUUUCCGACACGCCGGAGAGUCCUGAUGAGUUCUUUGACCAGGCUCCAUCUGGUUCUGGUGGUCAAGGUCAAGGAAGUCAACACAACAGAAACUUGGAAGCCCAAUAUGUUAUGCAUACAGAUGGAGAAAAGAAUAUGAAAUACCAAAAAAUUUAG